AGAAAAUCAACCAGACCCAGUAGAGCAGAAAGCCGGCUCGACGUUAUUCCAAAACAAGGCAGAAAACGCGUAACAGUGGAACUCGGCUCAAUAGAGGAAGAGAAUCAAACUAGCGCCAAAAGGCUUCAUCCUCUCCUUCCCUGCCAACGAACGAACGAGACAAGACAAGCGAAGAAGACGAUCCGAUCAUUCUUUCUCUCCCAUUCAAUUUACAGUUUCUCUCUCUCUCUCUCUCGCAACCGCGCUAUGCUCACAGCAACGGCGCGUCCCAACCCACCGCCAACGGCCUCCCAUUUCUCCUGAUCUUCUCUCCCUCAACUCCUCCGACUACAGGGAUGGAGGUAGCUCCUUGUAAUGUCCCAACGUAUGAUGAGGAGGAGAAGGCACUAGCAGCGUUGCUUGAGGCAUUUGGUUCUCUCUUUUCUCUUGAACAAAUUGCUUCUGUUUAUUGCAAGGCAGGCCGCAAUCCUGACUUAGCUGGUCAGAUUCUGUAUGAUUGGCAUGGAAGUUCGUCGCCAUCUUCGUCUUCUGCAUCUUUGAAAGAGGAGGUCGAGGAAAAUGCUUCCGUUUCAUCCAAUCCCAGUGCCUCGGCUGUGUCAUGUCUUCCAGAUGAAAAGAUCAGAGCUCCAAAGCAAAAGGCACGUCCAGUUUCCGGAGGCACUGUUUCGUGUUUUCUUGGUAAAGACUAUAUCAAGUCCAAACCGGGGAGCACUGCCUCUGUUAUGUCCACAAAACCAUUGAAAUUGGAUGCAAAUGAUUGGCUUGUAUCUGAUGAUGGAGAAACCAAAGACAAGCAGGGUUUAUCCGUGAAUGACAAGAUGCUGGAAGGCAUGGAGGAUUUCCUUUUCAAGAUGCUAGGAAAUGGCUUUCGCCUGGAAAGAGAAAUGAUUCACGACGUUCUUGAUAAGUGUGGAUAUAACAUGCAAAAGUGCAUGGAGAGAUUGUUUGAUUUAUCGGAGAUGACUUCAGACAAAGAAGACAAAUGUUUUGGUAAAUCAGUGGAAAAGCUUCCAAAUGCAAUUUCAACUGCUGAAGGUACUAGUGAAAGUGUAAACAAAACACGGAACCGUUCACAAAGGGGAUCAGCCAUGCAAGAUAAAAAUGAUCUCCAGAAGGAAGUUUUUUCUGCACUAUUUACUGCCCCUGAUAGAGACGAGGAGCCUCCUAGAAGAAUAGUGAGGCCUAGGAGAGUAGCUGUUGCUUCACGUGAACCUGUAGUGGCACCUCUGCCUGAGGUUAUGAUCAGCAAACCAAUUAAAGCGUUGACAGGUGUUGACAAUGUUGCACCUAGAGAUGAAGCUGAAGAAGAAGAGGACGAGUACCAGCGCCUUCGUAGGGCUGUGAAGGAGUACCGAAUUACAAUGAAGGAAUAUUAUAGAUCUGCUAUUCAAGCAUUCAUCAAUGAAGACCAUGAGAGAGCAGACAGACUGAUGGAACAGGGACAUUUUUUCCGUAGCAAGGCUCAACUAGCCGAUGAUGAAUCUAGCAACAAGCUCUUUGACACCAAAUACGCACAGACACAAGACCAGAUGGUGCUUGAUCUCCAUGAACAUGAUACCAAGGAAGCUAUACGCGUUUUGAAGUGUCAUCUAUCUUCUCUUGCAGGCAUCCCAUCAAUCAAUUACCUCAAGAUCAUCAUGGAGACUGAUGACGAGGAGGACAAAACCAAAGGGAGUCGUCGAAAAUACGUAAGUCGUAAGGUUUUCGUGUUCAUUAUUACAUGCAUGCACGAUAGCAAGAACAAUAAAAUGUUUGGUUGAAUUGUGUAGAUUAAGAAAUUAUUGGAUAGAGAUUCAAUUAGCUGGAGUGAAGAUGAAGAGAGUCGUGGAGCAAUACUGGUUAGGAUGGACAAUAUCGACAGGAAAAACUUGACUUUUGGCAAAAAAUGAUGACAGCCUACAGUAAUGGAACAAUGGUAUCAGAUUCAGAGGUUUGCUUUCUUUUUCCAGAAUCAACUACCAGUUCCAACUGGGAUUAUAUACGAGUACUUGGCUUGGACUGGGGAAAAAUCUUUUGAGAAUACAGAUAUAAGCUUGUCUGAGGGUUCCUAAUCUAAUUUUGGAAUGUAAAGAAACUCAACCCUAUAAAGCUUCUGGAAUCAGACAUUAUUGGUGGCAAAAAAGGAAACAAAUUUUUUUUGUUUCACCAAGGAGGAUGGCGGGGUUGAACGUUACAUAUUAGAUAGCUAAUCAUCAUCAUCCUUACCAGUAUCAAGUGUGAAAGAAAACCUGAAAUUUGGACUUCAUAAACACCAU